GUGAGUGAAAUGACGAAAGAGGGAUAUAUUCCCGCCAAAUAACACCCCCUCUCUCCCCCCCUAAUUUUAACAAACGACAAGGGUUAUUUUCGCGAAUCCACGUCUUUUUAGGACAUCAUCCCCAAUUACUAGCUCAGUUUUGUCCCAUAAAAGUUUCACACACCUGGUAAUAAGCACCAAAAAUAAUGAAAAAAAUAAACAAAGCACGCAUUUCAAUUCUCCCCCCUUUUCUUUUGUUUAGUCAAAUUAGGGAGUAGAAAAAAAAAUGGGGGUGGAGUAGGACCCACACGGUUUUAACAAGGUUCAAGCUGGGUGGGACCAGUCUCACUGCGUUAGUGUGUGCUUUCACAUCAAGCACCGUAAGUUAUUUGUCCCUAUGUGAUUUAAUAAGGAAUUUAGGAUUGAUCAUCCUCUGUUCAUUCGUUUUGGAUGAAGUUUCCUAAUUGGAUCUAUUAGGGCAUGAAGCCUCGUUCACAUUGAGGCUAGUAACUUUUAGAUAAGGUCAUCCACAAGUAAUUGUUUUCUUCCUUGUAGCUUUUGGUUGCCAUCAAAUUUAUGUAAAUAUAAUCAUGUGGGCAUAAUUUUCAAUCUUUUUCAGUUUGCUAGCAGAUAAUGGCAAUACUAGAUAUGGGAAAUUUUCUUGACAGUGAAACAUAGGCUCAUGUGCUGUACUUGUCUUUCUCUUGAUGUCAACCGUAUGCGCACGUGUCUGGUGGCCAAUGGUGAUUUCGAGACGCCACCGUCCGGCGGCUUCCCAAGCGAGGCAAUAUCCGAUGGAGCCCCCGAGAUCCCCAGCUGGAGCACGAACGGUACGGUGAAGCUUGUGUCCGCCGGUGAAAAAGUGAGCGGCGGGAUGCUACUCAUCGUACCCCGAGGCAGGCACGCCGUCAGAUUGGGCAACGACGCGGAGAUCAGUCAGGAAGUGACGGUUGAGAAAGGAUCGGCUUACGCGGUUACGUUCAGUGCGGCACGCACUUGCGCGCAGAUGGAGUCACUGAACGUGUCCGUACCACCUGCAUCGCAAACGGUGGACCUGCAAACAUUGUACAACGUGCAAGGGUGGGACCCUUACACGAUUUCUUUUGAGGCGGAGGAGGAUAAAGGCCGGUUGAUUUUUAGGAAUCCGGGCAUGGAAGAUGACCCGGAAUGUGGACCCAUCAUCGAUGACAUAGCCAUCAAGAAACUUAUCACCCCUGAUAAACCCAAAGACAAUGCAGUAGUUAACAGUGGCUUCGAGUUCGGUCCAUGGAUGUUCCAAAACGUAUCUCUUGGUGUCCUCCUUCCAACCAACCUCGACGAAGAGACAUCGCCAUUACCUGGAUGGAUGGUCGAAUCGAACCGAGCGGUUCGAUACAUUGAUUCCAAUCACUAUGCAGUCCCAGAAGGUAAACGUGCCGUGGAGUUAGUCUCGGGCAAGGAAGGCAUCAUUUCACAAAUGGUCGAAACCACACCAAACAAGCUAUACAGCUUGACCUUUUCAUUGGGCCACGCUAGGGACAAAUGCAAGGAACCACUAGCUGUCAUGGCCUUUGCUGGAGACCAAGCACAAAAUUUUCACUACACUCCGGACUCCAACUCUACCUUCCAAGUCGCUAGUGUCAACUUCACGGCCAAAGCGGAGAGAACACGAAUCGCAUUCUACAGCGUGUAUUACAAUACCCGAACCGACGACAUGAGCUCAUUAUGCGGUCCGGUGGUGGAUGAUGUUCGUGUUUGGUUUUCGGGGUCCUGUAGAACUAAGGUUCAAACAUUGUUAGGGAUUGGACUUGCCUUUUCGGCUUACCUUUUGGUUUUGGUUUAGAGUUUGAUAACUUAGGUAAAAAGGGUAUAGUUAUGCAUUUUGGCUUAAAUUUCAAGGCAUUGUAUUGUAUUGUAAUUGCCAGCAAAGGCAAAGUAUGUAUCGCCAAGUUUCUAAUGUAUCCUACCUUGUAUUUGGAGCUUUGCUUUGAGCAAAGGAAAUGGCCUAAGUUGAAUAUUUCAUA